AUGAACAAAAUUUUUCCUUUUAAUAAAUUUAUCACGGGCUUUAACAUCAUCAAAGCCAAUGGUGGACCAUUAAACGCCUUCAAAAAAUUAUUCAGACAUGAUGAAUUGAAAAUUGGUACAUUAGUUGGCACUGAUGAAAUGGGCAAUCGCUAUUAUGAAAACAAUACGUAUUUUUAUGGACGUAAUCGUUGGGUAGAGUACAAUGACCAAGUUUAUUUGAAUUAUGAUGCAAGUCAAAUUACUGCUGAAUGGUAUGGUUGGAUCCAUUACAAAACGGACCUUCUUCCAUAUAAUGAUCCAAAUAGGCCGAAGUACAAGUGGAUGGCCAAACAUACAGAAAACGAAACUGGUACCGAACGUCAAUAUGUACCAUAUAGUACAAUGCCACCAAAAAUCCAAGCUUGGGUACCACCGAAUAAGAAUUAA